GAGGGGCCAGGUGGUGACACACCCGGUUAAGUACUUACAUCACAGUGCGCAAGGACCCAGGUUCAAGCCCCUGGUCCCCACCCGCAGGGGGAAAGCUUCACAAGUGAUGAAGCAGGGCUGCAGGUGUCUCGCUGUCUUUCCUUAUCACCCCCUUCUCUCUCAAUUUCUGGCUGUUUCUAUCUAAUAAGUAAAGAUAAUAGUAAUUAAAAAGGAAGAGAGCGAGAGAGAUAAAGAAGGGAAUAAAGAAGGAAGGAAAGGAAAGGAAAAGAAAAAAGAAAAGAAAAGAAAAAAGAAAAAAAAAGGGGACAGAUGUUCCCUGCCUCUCAGGAACUCUCCCGCCUCUCACUAUAGGCCUGCGCUCCUCGGCGGCGCCGGCAGGUGGCGCCGGAGCCCCGCAAGGCCGCUCUGUCCCGCCCGGGCGCGUUAGUGGUGCCCUGCAGUCCGCACCGCCGCUGCACUUCCGGGCGCCGUUCAAGUGAUGAAUCCUGUCCCUCACCACCACCAGGAUGCAGAAGAUCUCGGUGCUGCUCUUCCUGAUCUGGGUCAGCUUCCUCUUCUACAUGGGCAUUGCUCUCUUCACCAGCGGCUUUCUGCUCACCCGUGUGGAACUCACCAACCAUAGCAGCUGCCAAGAGCUGCCGGGCCCGGGGACCCUGCCGUGGGGAAGCCAAGGGGGACCCAGAGCCUGCUGGAUGGCUUCCAGGUUCUCCAGGCUCGUGUUAGUGCUGAUAGACGCUUUGCGGUUUGACUUUGCUCGGCCCCAGCACACACAAGUACCUGGGGACCCUCCUGUCUCCCUGCCCUUCCUGGGCAGACUGGGCACCUUGCAGAAGCUCCUGGAGACUCAGCCUCACCAUGCCAGGCUCUACCAGUCGAAGGCCGAUCCCCCUACCACCACAAUGCAGCGCCUGAAAGCCCUCACCACUGGCUCACUGCCUACCUUUGUCGACGCCGGUAAUAAUUUCGCCAGCUAUGCUAUAGUGGAAGAUAAUCUCAUCAAGCAGCUUGCCAAGGAAGGAAGACGUGUGGUCUUCAUGGGAGAUGAUACCUGGAAAGAUCUUUUUCCUGGAGCUUUCUCCCAGGCUUCCUUCUUCCCGUCCUUCAACGUCAGAGACCUGCACACAGUGGACAAUGGCAUUCUGGAACACCUCUACCCAACCAUGGACAGUGGUGAAUGGGACGUGCUGAUUGCUCACUUCCUGGGUGUGGAUCACUGCGGCCACAAACAUGGCCCUCACCACCCUGAAAUGGCCAAGAAACUUAGCCAAAUGGACCAGGUGAUCCAGGAAAUUGUGAAACGACUGGAGAAUGACACCCUGCUGGUGGUGAUUGGGGACCACGGGAUGACAAUGAAUGGCGACCACGGAGGGGACAGUGAGCUGGAGAUCUCGGCUGCACUUUUCCUGUACAGUCCCACAGCCCUCUUCCCUGGCACCCCACCACAGGAACCAGAGGUGAUUCCUCAAAUCAACCUUGUGCCUACGCUGGCACUUCUGCUGGGCCUGCCCAUCCCAUUCGGAAACAUCGGGGAGGUGAUAGCUGAGCUGUUCUCCGAGGUCAAGGACUCCCAGCCUCGCUCCUCUGCUCUGGCACAGGCCUCCGCUCUGCAUCUCAAUGCCCAGCAGGUGUCCCGAUUUCUUCACACCUACUCAGCCGCUGCUCAAGACCUCCACGUUAAGGAGCUCCACCAACUGCAGAACAUCUUCUCCAAGGCCUCUGGCGACUACCAGCGGCUUCUGCAGAGCCCCCAGGGCGACGCGGCCGCCCUGCAGACUGUGAUCGCUGAGCUGCGGCAGUUCCUGCAGGGAGUCCGGGCCAUGUGCAUCGAGUCUUGGGCUCGUUUCUCUCUGGUCCGCAUGGCAGGGGGCGCUGCUCUCUUGGCCACUGCCUGCUUUCUCUGCCUGCUGGCAUCCCAGUGGGCAACAUCCCAGGGCUCCUACUUUUACACUUUGCUACUGCCCAUGGCCUGGGGUCUGGCUGGGGCUAUUGUGUGCGCUGGACUCCUGGCAGCCACUGGGCUGACGCUGGAUCUAGUGGUCCUUGGGGCCUUGGUGGCUGUGGGCUCACUUCUGCCUUUCCUGUGGAAAGCCUGGGCAGGCUGGAGGUCCAGGACGCCUCUGGCAGCCUUGCUUCCCAGACCUGGGCCCGUCCUGUCACUCCUGCUCAUUCGCUUUGCUGCUUUCUUCUCUGAUAGUUUUGUGGUAGCCGAGGCCAGGGCCACACCUUUCCUUUUGGGCUCACUCAUCCUGCUCCUGGUUGCCCAGCUUCACUGGGAGGGCAAACUGCUGCCUCCCAAGCUACUCGCAAUGCCUCGCCUUGGCUCCGCGGCCCCAGCAGGCCCCCCUCGGCACAACAGUUCACACGCCCUGGGCCUUGGAGUUGGGUUACUUUUAUGUAUAAGACUUGCUGGGCUUUUUCAUCGCUGUCCUGAGGAGACACCUGCCUGCAGCUCCUCUCCCUGGCUGAGUCCCCUGGCAUCGAUGGUGGGUGGUCGAGCCAAGAACUUGUGGUAUGGAGCUUGUGUGGGGUCACUAGUGGUCCUGUUAGCUGCCGUGCGUCUGUGGCUUCACCGCUACGGUAACCUUAAGAGCCCCGAACCCUCUGUGCUCUUUGUGCGCUGGGGGCUGCCACUCAUGGUGCUGGGGACUGCUGCCUACUGGGCACUGGCAUCGGGGGCAGACGAAGCCCCCCCACGCCUCCGGGCCCUGGUUGCCGGGGCGUCAGUCAUGCUGCCUAGGGCUGUAGCUGGGUUGGCCGCUUCAGGGCUCGUGCUGCUGCUCUGGAGACCUGUGGCGGUACUGGUGAAGGCCGUGGCGGGUACUCCAAGGACCAGGACUGUCCUCACUCCCUUCUCAGGCCCCCCCACUUCUCAGGCUGAUCUGGAUUAUGUGGUUCCUCAAAUCUACCGACACAUGCAAGAGGAGUUCCGGGGCCGUUUAGAGAGAAGCAGAUCUCAGUGCCCCAUGACCGUGGCUGCCUACCAGUUGGGGAGCGUGUACUCUGUAGCUGUGGUCACGGCGCUCACCAUCUUGGCCUUCCCACUCCUGCUACUGCACGCAGAGCGUGUCAGCCUUGUGUUCCUGCUUCUGUUUCUGCAAAGCUUCCUCCUCCUGCAUCUGCUUGCUGCUGGGAUGUCUGUCACCACCCCUGGUCCUUUCACUGUGCCAUGGCAAGCUGUCUCUGCUUGGGCCCUCAUGGCCUCACAGACCUUCUACUCCACGGGCCACCAGCCUGUCUUUCCAGCCAUCCAUUGGCACGCGGCCUUUGUGGGGUUCCCAGAGGGCCAUGGCUCCUGCACCUGGUUGCCUGCUCUGCUGGUGGGAGCCAACACCUUUGCCUCCCAUCUCCUCUUUGCAGUAGGUUGCCCAUUGCUUCUGCUCUGGCCUUUCCUGUGUGAAAGUCAAGGGUCCAGGAAGAGGCGACAGCCAGCAGGGACUGAAGCCGACUCCAGAGUUAAGCCCCAGGAGGAGGAAGAGCCGCUGAUGGAGAUGCGGCUGCGGGAUGCACCUCACCACUUCAACGCGGCGCUGCUUCAGCUGGGCCUCAAGUACCUCUUUGUCCUGGGUAUCCAGAUUCUGGCCUGUGCCCUGGCAGCCUCCAUCCUCCGAAGGCAUCUCAUGGUUUGGAAGGUGUUUGCCCCCAAGUUCAUUUUUGAGGCUGUGGGCUUCAUUGUGAGCAGCGUGGGACUUCUUCUGGGCAUAGCUUUGGUGAUGCGAGUCGAUGGUGCUGUGAGCUCGUGGUUCAAGCGGCUAGUUCUUUCCCAGCAGAGGUAGCCCGCACUGCAGGUCUUGGUUCUUGGCCCCGGGGAGAGCUGGAGAAUAAGCCUGACCUAUACGGGUGCUGGAUCAUCUGCAAGAGAGACUCAGCCAUACCUCUUACAGCCCUGCAGCCAAGAACUACUGGCCUCUGGGACUUCACUAUUUUACGUCAGAAUCAGAGGAAGUCCUGACCCCUGAGUCUUGUUUGGGUGGUUUGAGGGGGUAGAGGAGAGAGGCACCAAAGUGGAAUAAACUAAUGAUGUAAGUA